ACAAUCGAAACAAAACGCUCUCCCGCGCUUUUGGCAGUCCGCGGCGCGCGCGCAGCCCGAACGCUACACUCUGCGCAUACGAUCCGAUACGACACGAUUACGAUACGAUACAAUUACGCGAGUGAAAUGCAUAAUUGCCGGCUGAUUUAGUGCGAUGCUGAUAACCAAAACACGUUCUAAUAAGAACUGUUUUGUUUGUGAAUGCCGGCUCAAAAGUUACCAAGUUGAGUUUGUUUACAAAGUGUUUGAACUGUCAGUGAGUGGCGCCCCAAGCGGCGUAAGUCGGCAGCGCUGAUGUCCGCCAUUGUGGCGGCGCCAUGACGCACCGGUCGGGGUUGCCAGGCGGCGCGCGCGGCGUCUCCCCACCGCGCAUCACGUGGGUGGUGAGGUUGGGAGACCCGCCUGCGCUUGGAAAUGCGCCAUAUGAAACGCAUCUUACGCACAGCAAGUACGAGCGAGAGGACGUACAGAAGAAAACAUUUGCAAAAUGGAUCAACUCGCAACUGGUCAAGAACGGGAAGCCGCUGGUGGGCGACUUGUUCGCCGACUUGCGCGACGGCGAGGUUCUGCUGUCGCUGCUGGAGAUCCUCACCGCGCAGCAAUAUAAACGCGAGCGCGGCCGCAUGCGCGUGCACCACGUGAACAACGUGAGCACGGCGCUGCGCGCGCUCAACGACGCCGGCGUCAGGUUGGUCAACAUCGCCGCCGCGGACGUCGUCGACGGCAACCCCAAGCUCAUACUCGGUUUGGUGUGGAGCAUCAUCCUCCACUGGCAAGUGCAGUACCACCUCAAGGAGUUAAUGUCGGAGCUGCACCAUACGAGCCUGGAGCGAACGCUGCUGGCGUGGUGCCGCGCCCACACUCAGGGUUACGAGGACGUAGACGUGACAAACUUCACGUCGUCCUGGGCCGAUGGCCUCGCUCUGAACGCUCUGCUGCACCGCUGGCGACCACAACUCUUCGACUUCCACGAGGUGGCGCAGCGCGCGCCCAGCGAGCGCCUCGACCACGCCUUCACUCUGGCGCACAACUACCUCGGGAUAGACCGGUUGCUGGACCCUGAAGACGUAAACACACCAAACCCGGACAAGAAGUCGAUCAUGAUGUACUUGAUGUGCCUGUUCCAAUCGCUGCCGCACUCGACGCCCGAGCUGGCGACGAUGGAACCCGACGCGGAGAAUGUCGGCCCCGACUCGGAACCCGCCUCGCCCCUAGGGAACACCGCAGAGAGCGGGUCGCGGCCGCUGUCGACGGCGACGACGGGGUCGGGCGAGCUGGGCGGGUACUCGGCGGCGCUGGAGGAGGCGCUGGCGUGGCUGCUGGACGCGGAGGAGCGGCUGGCGGCGCGCGCGGCGCCGGCGGCCGGCGCGGCGCUGGCGGAGCUGAAGGAGCACUUCCACGUGCACGAGGCCUUCCUGCUGGAGCUGGCGGCGCAGCAGGCGCGCGUGGGCGGCGCGCUGGCGCUGGGCGCGCGGCUGGCCGCCGACGGCGCGCUGUCCGGCGCCGAGGCGAGAGAGGUGCGGCUGCAGCUCCGCUUGUUAGCGGAACGCUGGGAGCAGCUGCGCGCGCGCGGCAUGGCGCGGCAGGCGCAAGUCCACGAGGCGCUCAUGAAGGCUCAACAAGAAACUAGACAUGAAUUCCGACAAUGGCUGACAGCGACGGAAGACCGCAUAUCCAAGCUGGGUCCUUUACCCGGCGACACCCCAGAAGAGGCCUCAGCCAGUUUGGCCGCUAUAACUGCUCUACAUGAAGCUCUACGCGAACAACAGCCUAGAGUAGAUGCUUUGGCCGACUGCGUCUUGGUUUUGGAUGAUAAUGAAGACACAGCGGGUGUGGUAGAAAUGGAAGACGAGCUGCGAGCGCUGGGCGAGCGCUGGUCGCACACGUGCCAGUGGACGCUGGCGCAGCUCGCGCGGCUGCAGGCGCUGCAGGACUUGCAGCCCACCGGCGCCGAGGAACAGCUCAAACAGAUGGAAGCGAACCCAGUAUCGACCGUCCAAGAGGUCCUCGAGCGCAUCAGCACGCUCCAGCAGAUCAAGCAUUCCGUCUCUCUCCAACAAGCGCGAGCGAUACAGCACACGGAGAGAGCUUCCGCUUUGAUAGCCAACGGCGAAGCGGCGGGAGUUGACUUCUCUGACGUGUUCGCGAGGGCUGAAGAGUUGCAGGAUAGGGCGGAGGCUCUGCUUAUGAUUCUAGACGUUCAAGCUCAACGGAUUCGCGAGCAAGGCUUCGAAGUGGAGCUAGUGACCACCCAACAGUCCCCAAUGGACGCAGAGAACACGGUGACCACAACAACAGUCACCGUGACGUCCUCAAGCGAUGCUCGCCGGAGCAAGAAGCCGCGACUCUCAGGCGGCGCAGACUUCCAGGCCGGGUACAAGCCCUAUGAGAACUGGGCCAAGACUGCCACUGAGACACUAGAGAAGUGUGCGCGUGACUUAGAAGAUUCGUCAGUGCCGCGCGCAACUGUGUCGGCGACUUUAGAGCGUCUCGACAAGGAGCUAUCCGUGCAGCGACAGGACUUCGCGAACGUCGAGGAGAUACAGCGACGGCUGGCCACUGAUCCUGCGCUCAAAGAGGAGGCCGAACAGCACGCAAAAAUCAUCGAAGAGCUAAAACAACGCUGGGACGACAUCCAGCGCGGCGCCACCUCGCUCCGCAACACCAUGAACCUGCUCGAGGACAAGGACAGCUUCCACCGCGCGGCCGCUUCACUACGCGAGGCCCUGCAGGACGCGCAGGCCUGGCGGGACCGCAUGCUCCGCGACAAGCCCUCCAACAACCAGCUCAUCCACCUGCGGAACAAGCUGCGCGCGCUGCGGCAGCUGGAGAUCAAGCGGAAGGAACUUGACGCGCAAUCGAUCAUUCUUUUGACCAAGCCGAUCGCGCCCGCUUAUAAAGAAGAAAUAGAGAGUACUGCCAAAGAACUAGGAACUGAAUACGAGGAGCUUUUGAACUAUUUGAGCGCUAAAGAAGUAGAAAUUAAAUUAGCGAUCAAUAAGAAACCUCAGGAGACCGUUAAGGAUGAGUUCGAGAAUCUCCAGCGGAAAAUACAAGAUAUAGAAUCCCGAGUUAUCGUCGAGCACGUCAUGUUUUCUACCGCUGAAUCCAUGGAAAAUAAAGUGAAAGAGCUAAAGAGUCUUCGUAGUGAGUUGGAAGAGUUACAAGCGGGUUAUGAUGAGGUGGUGAAGGCGAGAAGGCAGCAGUAUGAAGCCGGGAGCGUGCAGGAGUUGAACGUGAGGAGCAGCUUGGAGAACCUGGUGACGAAGUUCGGAGACACGCAGGUGCUGCUGGAGCAGAAGAUCGACAAGCUGGAGAACGGAGUGAAGCUGGUAGAGCAGCUGGAAGCCGACACGACAGAGCUGAAGCAGUGGCUAGACAAGCUGGACAAGUUCCUCGCCGACAACGAGUUCAUACCCAUCGGGGACGUCCAGCUGCUGGAGAGUUUGCUGGAUACCAGCAAUAAAUACGACGAAGAAAAAGAGAAAUACGAAACGAUGUUAACCUCGAUCGACAACACCCGCGCCACGAUCCUCGAAGAUUGCGACGAAUCCCUCGGCAGAACCCUCCGCUCCGACGGCUCCCCCGCCAAACGGUUCCUAGACACCACCAAACGUGCUCGCACCUUGAACGAAGGCUUAAGGCGGGCCUUGGAACGCACUGAGAGUGUAUUCAGACAGAUAGCCGAUACUGAGAGCUGGUUGAAGGAGUUGGAAGCGCAGAUCCCAAAGGAGGAGGAUUGUAGGAUAUCGGACUCGGCCGAGCUGUAUAAGGUGAAGAUGGUGUUCCAGACGCUUAAGGACAAGUGUGAUGAUAAGACGCAGGAGUUCAGGAACCUGAAUGAAGCUGGGAACGACAUGAUGCUAGCGGCAGAGGAGCGCCGACCGGCGGCGCUGGCGCGGCGCCUGACGGCGCUGUCGGCGCGCUGGACGGACGUCACGCGCGGCGUCUACGAACGAUACAAGGUGCUGGCGGAGGCGUGGCACGAGACGGGCGAGCUGCGCGCGUGGCUGGCGCAGGAGGCGGCGUGGCUGGACGGGCUGGAGCGGCGCCUGCGCUCCAGGCACCAGCCGGCCGACGCCGAGGAACUCUCCGCACAGCUUUACGACCUAGAAAGUUACAUGCGCAACCACUCGUCGCUUCGUCUAUCGCGGAUUCAAGACGUCGGGCGACAACUGGCCGACGCACAUAUCAUGGCCGGUUGGAUCCGCGCCGAGAUACACGCGCUGCAGGACCGCUGGAACACCCUGCAAGCCGAGGCGGCGUCCCGCACGGCCACGCUGGAGGGCGCGGCGCGCGAGGCGGCGCAGUCGGAGGUGGCGGUGGACCGCCUGCAGCAGUGGCUGCGCCGCGCGCAGGCCGGGCUCGCCGGGGCCGGCGGCGGCGGCGGGGACCACCAGGACCUCGUGGAGCAAAUAGAGACGCAGCGCGAGUCCCUAAAGGAGAUCGAGACUCAAGUGGAAGCUUACCGCUCCGCCGGGAGACCGGAAGCCGCCGAGCGUCUGCAGCACCAACUGGACUUACUGCGUCGUCAGUUGGAAGAGUGCGUCGAACGCCUCUCGACCCUGGGCACUCCGGAGCCGAGCGGCUCGGACAGCAGCCUGGAGGCGCGGCUGUCGCGCGCCACGCGCACGCUGCGCGGCGUGCAGGCGGGCGCCGAGCGCGAGCUGGCGCUCAGCUCCGCGCAGCCCGACGCCGUCCGCGCCGUGCUGCGCCGCUGUCUGAAAUUCUACCGCACCCUGAGCGAGAUCAAGUCCGAAGUGGAGUCGGUGAUCAAAACUGGGCGCAAGAUGGCCGAAGAGGAGGACGGACGCGAGCUGUCGCCCCGCAUCGACGCCCUGAAGGAGCUGUACAACCGGCUCGGCGCACAAGUCACCGAGUCCAAGACUAGGUUGGAAAAUGCCUUGCUAACUGCCAGGGAGAUACACAACGAUCUAGGGGCCUUGGGGGCCUGGCUAGACGGACUAGGAGCCGGCGUCGGCCGCCAGACCUUGGAGCUCGAAAUGUCCCGCAUGGAAGCCAUUAAAGACAAACUGAACGCCAACCACCGCGAGUACGCCAAGAGCUGCGACCCCGCCAGCCUCGCAGAGUUACGCGAACAAGUAGAUGAAAUCAACGCGCGAUGGGAGCGAUUGAAAAAACACGGAGUAACCAAAGAUGAUAGCUCUCCUCAGAAAUUCUUAGAAGAUGUCGCGCGAGAACUAGCCAGCCCGGCGACCCUGACAGAUGCUAAAUUACGCGCGUUGGAGGGCGAACUACGCGCGCGCGCCAACGAUAUUCGUGCGACGAACGAUCCAGCCCUCGUCAAGCAACUGGAUAAAUUGAUUGCCGACGUCGCGUCGGCGGCCCGCAGUCCGGCGGAGCUGCCGCUGUGCACGUCCACGCCGCUGAAGGAGAUGCAGAUGGACGUGCAGCCCAAGAGGGAGAGGGACAGCAAGAGCCCCAGCCCGCGCCGGUCGCAUAUUCCAUUGAGUCGGGAGCGCCUGCGCUUGCAUACUGAGCGAAUGCAAGGAUCGGAACCUGAGUCGCCGCCAUUAUCCCCCGUGUCGGCCGGGUCGCGCGGCUCGCCCCCGCUGUCGCCGCUGUCCCCGCCGGGCGCCGCCCCCGACAGCCUGCUGGGGGCGCUCGGAGCCGCCCCCGACGAGGAGCUUGCGGAGUACGAGGCGGCGGCGACUGCGGCUGCGAGGCGGAUGGACGUCAUGAUGGUCACUGUAGGGGCCGUCGACGCGGAGAAGGACCCCGGCAAGCGGCUUGAGAUCCUGAAGAACCAGCUAGGCGCCCUGGCGCCCGAGGCGGCCGCGUUGAUCUCCCGCGGCGACAGCCUGGUGUACGCUCGCCAUGCGACCAGUCCUCUACUGGCGGAAUAUGUCCGUACACACUCGGACCGGCUGCGGAAUAAAUGGGCGCAGGUCAUGGCUGAGAUCGAGGCCAAGAGGAACGUCGCCAUCAGAGCUGAGGACAACAUCAAAGAACUCAACACCCUCCUGGAAAGCCUGCAGCGCUGGCUGAAGCGCCUCGAAGGCGACAUCAAAGCCGAGCGCGGUCUCGUGAAGGAGGAGUUCCUCGACCGGGAGGGCGACGUCGAGCGCGUGUCGGAGCUGUGUCGAGCUCUGCGGGCAGCUAGAGUUGGAUAUCCGGAGAGAGCUGUGGCGGACUUGGGACAAGCAUGGACCAGAGCGAGACAGCUUUAUGAAGCCACUCACAAGCCGAAGCGGGACAAAAAGGGCAAAAUCGACGCAAGCGAAGCCCUAUGCGGCGAAUACGUGACGCGCGCGAAUCGGUGUCGUGAACGUGUCGCCGCCGUCGCGCGGUUACUGCAGGCGCCGCCGCUCGGCACGAGGGAUUACGACGAAUUUCCUUUACAAGAGGAUGCUUUAGCGAAAGUGAAGUCGUCCAUCUCAGAGCUGGAGGCCGUGGUGGCUGAGACCGAGAGCGUGUUCACUUCGCUCAGCCAACAACCGAGCGACAACGCGCAAGCGACACGAGUGAGGCGCAAACUGCAAACCGAGUGGACCGCACUUCAGGACAACUACAAGGAGCGCCGCGAGAGAUGGACUCGCUGUCAAGCAGAAUGGGCAGCUUUAUACGCGGCGCUAGAAGCGUGCGGAGCGUGGCUAGACAACGCCGAGCGUUCGUUGCAGCAGGCCCGGAAUAGUCAAGAACCUCUCAAAGAUUUGAAACAGAAGCUCAGAGAUCUCGAACAGCAGAUGUCAGCGCGCGCCGGCUGUGUGUCUGCGGCGCGAGCGGGCGGGCGCGCGGUGCUGGGCGCGUGCGGCGGCGCGCUGGCGCGCGGCGUGCAGGACCAGCUCGAGCAGCUGCUGGCCCGCUGGCUCAAGGCCGCCGCCGACCUGCAGGCGCUGCAGCACAAGGUAUCUUCGCUGGAGGCGUCCCGGGAUUCCCCGCGGGACGCCGAGACGGCGCUGGCGGGAGUACGAGCGCUCCUAGAUACUACUAGCGCCAACCCCUCGGACCGAACUAGUCUGUCUGUGCGACUUAGCCUCGUUAAGGCGCGCUCGGAGGAGCUGGGCGCGCGGCUGCAGGACGCCGGCCCGGCGCAGGCGCAAGUGCAGCAGGCAUGCGCAGCGCUCGGCGCGCACCGCGAGUUCCUCUCCCAGAAGCUGGCCGCGCUGGGCAAGUUUGCCGCGCGGCUGGACGCCGCCGCGGCUCGCGCCCAAGCCGCUCGGGCAAGGCUCGCUGCCGCGCCGCAAGAUGCCGCUGCCGUGGCUGAAGUACAAGAGCUGAUCGUGUCGCAAGAAGCGGAGGUGCGCGAGGUGCUGGAGAACUACAACAACCUGGAGCGCGAGUGCGGCGCCGCGCGCCAGGCCGUCGCGCCCGCGCUGCGCGACCGCGCCGCGCGCCUGCGGCAGGACUGGGCCGCACUGCGGGGCCACGACCCGCCGACGGUGGUGAGCGAGACCCCGCGGCGCGGGUCCGACCCGCCCAGCGAGCGCAAGGGCUCCGCCGACAGCCAGGCCAGCGAUUGGAGCGGCCGCGCGUCCGGUCGCCGGCGCUCGGCGCAGUCGCAGGCGCCGGCGGUGCUGCUCGCGCACUUUGACACCACCGUGUCGCAGAUCCGCGAGUGGGUGUCGUGCGAGACAGAGAUGCUGCGCGCGCAGGCCGUGGCCGUGGGCGACGUGGACGACAUCCUCAGCCAGCUGGACAAGCAGAAGGGUGUGCUGCGCGAGCUGGAACAGAAGAAGCCACAGCUGGACGAGCUGCUCCAUACUGCCGAGAGUCUUAAGGGCACCGAGAACCGGCAACAGCUCCAUGGCAAAGUGACCGCCCUCCGCGAGCACUGGGAUGAGGCGAACGCUCGCGUGCUCCAGCGCAAGGCGCAGCUGGACGCCAUGCUGGGGGACAGCCAGCGGUACGAGGCGAGGCGGCGGGACGCCGACGCCUGGCUGACCAGAAUGGAGGCCAGGCUGGCUGCCAUGGCGCAGCCGGGGCAUACGGCUGAUGUGCUGGAGAUGCAGCUUAGAGAACAGAAGGUAAGACAGUGGUAG